GUAUUGGCAUUUCUACCACGGAGCUGAGGAAAUAGUCGAGAGAGAAAAGAAGAUGUCUCCCUCCCUGUCAUCAGUCACUGCGUUAACACAGUUCAACUGAAGCUAAAAGAAGGGGAUCUUUUUAUAUACAGGCUACAAAGUAAAAAAAUAAAAUAAACUACGCAAAACCCUCUGAAACUGCACUUUGUAAAGCAGAGGAAAUGGCUUUCCUAGACAAUCCAGCCAUUAUUCUGGCUCACAUCAGACAGUCUCAUGUGACCAGUGAUGAUACAGGAAUGUGUGAGAUGGUAUUAAUAGACCAGGAUGUGGACCUGGAGAAGUGCCAGCUUACUCUGGUGCCUGGCAGCUGCAGCAGCGGCGGGUCAUCUGGGUCAAGCUGUGUUAAAGAAGACAGUGGUAGCGUGGUGGACAAUCACACCUAUGACCUCUCUCAGUCCAUGGACAUUACCUCCAGCUGGGACUUUGGCAUCCGUCGGCGCUCCAACACAGGACUCCGACUUGUCAGCCGUGAGAAACCCGGGGCUGCUGCCCAAAGACUGGAAAGACUCAGGAAAGAACGACAAAACCAAAUAAAAUGUAAAAACGUUCAGUGGAAGGAACGGGCAUCCUCCCAGUCUGUGGAGGAUCUGGGGUCUCUGUUUGAAAAGCGAGACUAUAAAGACAGGCCGCGGACAACAGGGGCUAAAUCAACUUUAUCACUACGACUGGAACAAUGUCCACAGCAGCUCAACAACCCCUUUAAUGAAUACUCCAAAUUUGAUGGCAAGGGUCACAUUGGCACAACGGCUACGAAAAAGAUAGAUGUCUACCUCUCAAUGCAGAUGACUCAGGAGAAAGUACAUCCGAUGACAGUGGUCACCAUCGCAAAUGCCCGUGUUCAUGACCUGAUUGGACUCAUUUGUUGGCAGUACACAAGCGAGGGAAGAGAACCCAAACUCAAUGAGAACGUGGAUGCCUACUGCCUCCACAUUGCUGAGGAUGACGGUGAGGUGGACACUGACUUCCCACCGCUGGACUCAAAUGAGCCAAUCCACAAGUUUGGCUUCAGCACUUUGGCAUUGGUGGAAAAGUAUUCGUCACCAGGCCUCACUUCUAGACAGUCACUGUUUGUCAGAAUAAAUGCUGCUCAUGGUUUCUCUCUAAUCCCUGUGGACAGUCUGAAGGUAACAAUGAAGGAAAUCCUUCAGAAAGCACUAAAGAAGAGGAAAGGUUCUCAGAAAGGCUCAGGGCCCAUGUAUCGCCUGGAAAAGCAGAUGGAGCCAAAUGUUGCAGUUGACCUGGACUCGACACUAGAAAACCAGAACACUCUGGAGUUUUGUUUGGUCAGAGAAAACAGCUCCAGAGGAGAAGAGAGCUCAGAGGAAGAUCCGCCCAUCGACAUUACAUCAGUCCAAGACAUGUUGAGCAGCCAUCACUACAAGUCCUUUAAGAUCAGCAUGAUCCACAAACUGCGUUUCACCACAGAUGUCCAGCUUGGUGUUUCAGGAGAGAAACUGGAAAUCGAUCCUGUUACCAAUCAAAAGGCCAGCACUAAGUUCUGGAUUCGACAGAAGCCCAUCUCUAUUGACUCAGACCACCUCUGUGCCUGUGACCUCGUAGAGGAGAGAAGUCCCAGUCAUGCAAUAUUCAAGCUCACCUAUCUCAGCAACCAUGACUAUAAGCCUCUUUACUUUGAGUCUGAUGCUGCUACUGUCAAUGAAAUUGUUCUGAAGGUGAACUACAUCCUGGAGUCCCGGGCCAGCACCUCUCGGGCGGAUUACUUCGCCCAAAAGCAAAAAAAACUGAACCGCCGGACUAGCUUCAGUUUCCAGAAGGAGAAGAAGACGGGCCAGUAGACAGGAUCUGCUGGUAUCCCUCUGCUAAUGGUCUGUCUGUGCACUGGUGCACAGGUGCACAGGUGCACAGGUGAGGCCUUUGAGCCUGGCACACAGAGCAUCAGCCUGGAACCUCCGACUCCUUGAAACGGAGACGAGAGCAGCUGACAGAAAACAAGAGCACGCUUUUCUGUUUGAGCUCAUCUGGGUUGAAGCCUCAGAAACUAUAAAGGAAGAUAUUCCUUGAAUAAAUAAGAACUAAUUA